ACUUACAGCAGAGAAUAUUUCAGCUCCGGACGUGCUAGAAUUGCAGGAAAUGAAGUGCAUCUGAUGACGCACUGGAUAGGAAGAAGAACAGACCCAGCAUGAACAGACCCACAAGCCCGCUCGUCUACGGAGAGGGGAGAGGGUUAGAGAAUGCUGCCGAAAUGGACAAAAGGCUCGGGUGAAGUUUACAGCUGGAUCUCGGAGUAAAGCCUGCUGCACUCCCACAGCCAUCUCUCCUGCAGCAGGAAGCUGUGGAAACUAACGGCGGGGCAAGCCGUGCUAGAGAGGCAGUCUUGACCGCGAACGCCCGAGUAGGGGCGAGCAAAGCUGAUCCCUGUCCUUCAGCCGCAUGUUAAUGGUCUGGUACUGUGAACGUUAACGCCGAGAGACACCAUGGCUUCAUCUGACGCCGAAGAUGGCGGUCUUUGUGGAAACUGCUGGUGCAGUUAGUUCUUUAGUUGCCAACUACCAUUCACGAUUCAUGACUGGAUAUUUUUGAACAUUUGCUGAUGGGGUGUGGGCGUUGCUGGCCGGGCCAAGUCCCUGGUUCUCCUUGAGAAGAUGGUGGAGUUAUCCAUGAAAAAUAUCCAGUUAUGAAACAGUAUAAAAGAUCACUUCGCAUGGGGAUGGGCAUCAUCACCGUCUUUUUGCUUGUGUGUUUAUUUUAUGUACUCAAUAACUCAUCUGAUAAAAUCAAGGAAACUUUCAUGCAAAACACCCUGAUGUAUAAACUGGGAAACUCCUCCAGCAAACCAGCAGAAGCUUCCCAAAUGAAAUUGACCGCAUCUGGCCAGGUCUCUACUGAGAGCACUUCGCAUCCAACCACAGAGCGCAGAAUUAUGUUUGUGCAAACAUCCAGUGAACUAAACCCUUCCCCGUUGGUCAUAUGCAGCGUUGAAUCAGCAGCUAGACUAAACCCAAACAAGUCAGUUUAUUUCUUCAUGAAAGCACUCAAUGGUGAUAUAUCUGAGUAUCAAGAACCUGAGUACAAAGGCAUCCGUCUGCUUUCUUCAUUCAAGAAUGUGAUCAUCUUGCCUUUGAAUCCUAAAGAAUUGUUUAGCAACACGCCCUUGGCUGGAUGGUAUGAGAAGGUAGAUCCCAGCAAGGAAACUUUCUGGUACCACGUGCUCGCUGAUGGCUGCCGGCUAGCCUUGCUGUGGAAGUACGGGGGCAUCUACCUGGACACGGAUAUCAUUUCAAUCAAACCUUUGCAGUUUGAGAACUUCCUCUGUGAAGAAUCUAUUAAUUGUGCCAAUAAUGCAGCUUUGGGAUUUAACCAUUCUCAUUCCUUUAUUGAGAGCUGCUUACGUGAUUUUGUUGAGGAUUACAAUGGAGCAGAUUGGGGCCAUCAAGGUCCUAAACUGAUGACCCGGAUUUUGAAGAAAUGGUGUGGGACUGAUAAUCUCGAUGACUUUCUGAACAAAAAAUGCAAAGGGAUCCUGUACCUGUCCGGCAACUGGUUCUACCCUGUUCCAUACACCAACUGGCAAAGGUUUUUUGAAGAAGGUACAUGGAACGAGAACAGUGAGGAGAUUAGAAAUGAAUUCACAAAAACACGUGGGGUCCAUAUCUGGAAUUUUUUAAGUGGCCGGCAUAGAGCUCCUAUCAAAGGAAGUCGGUCUAUAAUAGAAUAUCUGUUUAGUGAAUUCUGUCCAAGCACAUAUGAGAAACUGAUGUAAAGUGCUGAGGAAGCUCAGCAAGUCUGGUAGUAUCUGUGGAGAGAGAAACCAAAUUAGCAUUCCGAGUACAGGAUGGCACUUCUUUGGAAGUAGACCAAUCCUAUGUUAAUUUGGUGUGCAUAUUUGCUGCCAACCACAUAAAUCACUAUGGCUGAUACUAUGAGGUUCCACUUGGCCUCGUCUCAUUGUAUCUUCAUCUGUAUCUUUCCACUGUCAAGAGACCUACAGAUUACUCCCACCGGGGACUUAUUUCUCUUGUCAUUUCUUAUUUCUAGCAAAUGUGACAUCAUUUCUCACUAUAGCAUUGGUCUCUUCCUUCAUUAACAAAACUAAAUAAACUACCUCCUUUUUCCUCCUGCCUAUCCUUUUGAAACACUGAGUACCCCAGAUAUUCAAUUCCAAAUCUAAUCUUUCUGCAACCUUAUCUCAGUGAUAACCACCAAAUCGUGCCUCUUCACUGUUAUUUGUGCUGUUAACUUGUUAAUUUUAUACCAAAUGCUUUGUGCAUUCCGACGCAAAGCCUGUAUUCUGUCAAAUUUCCUGACAUUUUAAUGGUUCCUGGGUGCAAUAUGUUAUUCACACAUUCUGUCCCUGCUUUUUAUUUUCAGGCUUUCAAUUAACUGCACUUCUACCUUUGCCUUUAACUUUGUUUUCAUAAUUUUCCGUGCAACAAGUGUGGUGCUAGAAAAGCACAGCAGGCCAGGCAGCAUCCGAGGAGCAGGAGAAAUGACACUUCGGGCAUAAUUCCUGAUGAAGGGCAUAUGCUCAAAACGCUGAUUCUCCUGCUCCUCGGAUACUGCCUGACCUGCUGCACCCCUCCAGCACGGCGUCUACACCUCAUCUCCACACUUGUCCUCUUCAAUGCCAGCUGAUUGAAUUUUUGCAAGGAGAGAAUUAAAUAUAGCUCUAUAACUUAAGUCUACUUUGCAGACUGUACUGAAAAAUGUGCCCUUUCCUAAAGAAAAAACAAAUCUUGAUGUAUAUUGUCUCUUCUUGAUGAGUUGAUGCUUCUUGGCAGUUCUCAAAACUUAUUGACAUUACUAACACGUCCCAGUAAUUCUCAACACUUAGUUUAACAGGUGAAAAAUUCCAAGGUGGAGUAUACAGCUUUUACGAACAGUCUUCUUCCCAAAGUUGAGUCUUAAAGGGCACCUGAUCCCAUCAAAUAGCCUGUAAACAACACCCAUGUCUGAAUUAGAGUGGUGCUGGAAAAGCACAGCAGGUCAGGGUAAACAACACCUCCCUCACAGUGGGGAGCACUUCCUGCACACGUGGGCAUCUUUGACACGGACAGGGUCCAUGACUUCCCACAUAACACAGGUGACACACUUCACUUGGCUGACCUCAACUGCUAUGAGUUAAGCUUGAAUUUUCUUAACAAGUAAGACUAACCUUCUCAAUUACCUAAUCUUAAGGUACUCCUUUUACGUGAAUUUUAGUUUCUAGCCCUUCCUGAUUUUUAUUUGUCAUGGUGCUUCUCAUUUCAUUCCUUAAUCACCAAGCUCUUGGGUCUUGGUCAAUUCCUGCCCCCGCUGAUCUUUUACUCUGCAGUCUCAUCUGAGGAGAAAAACAUUGGAGUUUACAUUGUGACAGGUGGCAUUAUUUAUCGAUUGAAUCACUAUCUCUUGCCUAUAGUGAGAUUUACCAGAUACAUACAAAUGCAAGCAUUCAUUUUUAAAAGUGAUAAAAAUAUAAUUUUAAAUGUUUCAUGAAUUGCAGCUUUCUAUUUAAGAUUUCAGCAAUUUUCUGUAAAAUAAGGGAAAUCUUUGCACUAUUGUUUCUCUUGAAUGAAUGGACACUCUUCAAAUGGGUCUACAUUUAUAAUUAAAUGCCCUUGAAUAUUCAGACGUUUUAACUGAACCAAAGGGGUCUGUCACAUUGUGGAAUUGAGCUUGUUGUUCAGCUGUGGUUAUAAUUAAGAAAGAAAGACUCCAGAAGCUGGAGAGGAUCUGCUCAACUACUAAAAACAGCUUGACCCCCAGCUACCAGUCUUGAGCUGAUAUCUGAGUCAGAGACAUUGUGUCAACUUGCUGUAUGUCACUAGGGUCCUCUGUGAGGGAGAUCUAUCUGUCUGUCAUCAUUACGGUGGCACAGUGGUUAGCACUGCUGCCUCACAGCGCCUGAGACCCAGUUUCAAUUCCCGACUCAGGCGACUGACUGUGUGGAGUUUGCACGUUCUCCCCGUGUCUGCGUGGGUUUCCUCUGGGUGCUCCGGUUUCCUCCCACAGUCCAAAGAUGUGCGGGUCAGGUGAAUUGGCCAUGCUAAAUUGCUCUUAGUGUUAGGUAAGGGGUAAAUGUAUGGGUGGGUUGCGCUUCGGCGGGUCGGUGUGGACUUGUUGGGCCGAAGGGCCUGUUUCCACACUGUAAGUAAUCUAAUCUAAUCUUAAUAUGAUGGGAGCAGCCCCUUUAUUGAAUAUUGAAAUGCCAUUUUGUAAACACCCAGAAACAGAAGGUGUGCUUAUUAAAAUGGACUGGAGUUAUACUGCACCCAGUGUAUACUUCCUGAUGUGAGACCCAAUGAUAGGAUUUUGCAUCCUAGUUUUAAUUCUGUCAGGGCUCAGAUCAGCCCUGUCUCUCAGGGACCUUACCAUUCCUGCAUUCAUUUCAGUGAAGCAGGCUGUAUGUUGAUGUAAUUGAGACUUUGUAACUCAAUCCCAAUAUCUCUGGCUCCUGGUGUGUGUUCCUAGUGUUUGGCUUUAGGCCAUUUGGACCCAUGUCUGGGAGUGACCAGCAAGUCAUUCUAAUAGUUUCACUCAGCUAAGAUGGUGGGAUGAUAGGAGGUCACCUGUCCUUCCGGCAGGAGCACUGUUCUCUGCAGCAUUUGCACACUUUACAAAGACUCUUGAGUAAGUUGAUACUCCUCCAACCUUAUCUUUAGUCUCAUUCCCUUAUUUUGUGACUUUUAUUUCUCAAUUAAUCCCUUAAUAAUCUCCCCAACCUUGGGCCUUAGUCAGCUCAUACAGGUGCCACUGAGGUUAACCCUUGGAGAUUAAACAACACUGACCCAGUGGAAAACAGCAGUUGUAAUGAUAUCAGAAACCUGACAAAUGGAACAAGUGUUUGAAUCACUGUUCCUCAUUUUCUAGAAAGUUCUGCCUCAGUCUCUCUGUCUCACUUUCCACUGUCUGUAAUGGUUCCUGGUUAGUGACGAUGUCAGGGAUUUGUGGAAUGAGGGGUUUGAUAUUUGUGAUGCUGCCUAUACGGACAAUAGUUUUAUACCUAACCCCUAAAAUGGCGGUUUGAAAGUCAUUUUGAUCUGAAAAAGAUUCUUUUGAAUAUACUUGUCAUAAAAAUACAUUUUAAUGAUAUUCUUCCAUAAUUAUUUUUAAAAAAACGGUUAUUUCUGAUCACUUAACUUUCAGUUUAAAGCAGCUUUGUGAUAUCUCUACUCUGAUAAAUUGGGGUGGCACGGUGGCUCAGUGGUUAGCACUGUUGCCUCACAGCACCAGGGUCCCGGGUUCAAUUGCAAGCUUGGGUGACUGUGUGGAGUUUCCGCAUUCUCCCCGUGUCUGCAUGCGCUCCCUCCAGGUGCUCCCACAGUCCAAAGAUGUGCAGGUUAGGUGAAUUGGCCAUGCUAAAUUGUAAAUUAGGUGCAUUAGUCAGAGGGAAAGGGGUUUAGUUGAGUUACUCUUUGGAAUGUCGGUGUGGACCUGUUGGGCCGAAGGGUCUGUUUCCACACUGUAGGGAAUCUAAUCUAAUCCUUAAAAAGAAUCUGUGAAACCAUUGGGUGGCACAGUGGUGAGCACUGCUACCUCACAGCGCCAGAGACCCCAGUUCAAUACCCACCUCAGGCAACUAUCUGUGUGGAGUUUGCACGUUCUUCCUGUGUCUGCGUGGGUUUCCUCUGGGUGCUCUGGUUUCCUCCCACAAUCCAAAAAUGUGUAGAUUAGCUAAAUUGCACGUAGUGUUAGGUGAAGGGAUAAAUGUAGGGGAAUGGGUCUGGGUGGGUUCUUCAAGGGGUAGGUGUGGACUUGUUGGGCCGAAGGGCCUGUUUCCACACUGUAAGUAAUCUAAUUUAAUCAUGAUAAAUGGAUCCAAAGAUACUUUUUUGAUGACUGCAAUCUUGUUUAUGUGUGUACCUAUAUUAUUUAGAAUGUAUAUAUUUAUGGAAAGUGAGACUCUAUGUUAAUGGAAGCGGGCUUAUCAUGUGAUUUCUUGCAAACAAAAGGACAAAAAAACGGUGUGAAUUAUCUGUUUACUGCACAAAAGAUGUAAUUUUGGGGGAAGAGUCCAAUGGAUUCUUUUGACAGAAGUAAGAGGUGAAUAUUAUGCCCCUUUAUCACUGAGCAGCAAACUUGCAGCGUAAAGCAAAAUUAUCUUUCUUUCUUUUUUCAUUCAGGAGUAAGGCCAUUUGAACUAUCUCUUAAUAAAGUAUUUGUGAAACUUGACAAAGUUUAAAUGUUAUUGUUCCAAACUGAUUUCCACAUGAGUGUGAAGUCUGGCUUGAAGAUAUUCCCUCAGUGGAUGUCAGCAAUUUGAUCUCGCUGAAAGGGACUUAAAGGGACUUAAAGGAACUAUGGGAAAUCUGAAUUUGUUCAGUUUGUCCACAGGGGUUCCUUUUACUCUGCACAGCGUUUGUUUUGUCUUGUCUGCUUAUGAAUGUGUGUGUGUUUGGAAUCAAGGAAAUCUCAAGAGUAGUUCAGUUGUUAACCAUUGUUACCACUUGUUUA